AUGGGUGCCUCGCAAUCAGUUCAGAAUGCACCGGGCAUCCCGCGAGAGGAUGUCCAGAGAGAGAUGGAAUUGAUCCACAGACGAUUGGAGACAGUCUCCAUUCCCGACCAAGCGACCGAGUAUGCCGACAUCCUCCCCCAUUACCACCAUGUGCUUGCCAUAAUCGACCUGGAGUCAGUGCAGCAGAGCAUUGCUGUGUUCCACCUCAUGAUCUCCUCCCAUGCAAAGGCUACAAGAUUGUCGGCGACGUACGCAAGCCUGACGGCAGAAUUGGUCCAGUGCCAGCAGAUGCUCAUUACGCUUUACGCCGGGAUCCGUUCCUCCAAAAGCGCUCUUCUGCAGUUCGGAAGUCCGAUGAGUGUCGACGCCACCAAGGACUCGAAGAUCAAAGAGCUCGCCGACACCAUCACCUUCAUGGUCGACGAGCUGGACGGCGUCCAGGGACACUUGUUUCAUAUCCUGCACGUCAUGCUCCAGGCAAGUCAAACAUGCACCGGUGGCCACGUCCCCCAGCAAGACAUGGCCAAAUCGUGUCCUGCCGAGCUUCGCGAUGCACUUCAGGCUCUCGAAGAAACCAGCCUCGCCCUGAGAAACAGGAUUUCAAAAGUGAUGUCGGACUAUACCAAAGCGGUGGAAAGGACACGUGAGCUAUCAAAGGACAAGAAGCACCUGAAUGAGGUGGCAGAACAACUUGCGGCAAGGUUGAAAAGCGCCGACGAAGAGAACCAAGCCCUGAAGGCACAGAACGCAAAGCUCAUUGAAGAGUGCCGGGAAAAGAACAUGUGGAUUCGCGGUAUUAAUGCCAAGAUCGACGGCAUGUGCGACACCAUGAAGCGCGCCGAGGCUAUUGUGCUGGGCCAGAAGGUCACUAGACUUGGCGACCAAAAGAACGAUCAGGAGGAAGUGAAGCAAUUGAGAGCAGAGAACGCGCGGCUCAAAGAUCAGAGCACCAAGGUCGAAGCACUGCGAGCAGAGAACAGCGGGUUGAAGAGGAAGCUGAAGGAAUCCAACGUCAAGGACCUCGAAAAGCGGCUGCACGAGGCCAACACAGAGUUGGACCAACUGCGGACGCUAUUCAAGGACCGAGAUGAUGACGACGACGGUCGACCUCAGAACGACCAUGCUCACACGGAUGCUGUAUCAUCAUCUUCCGACAACGAAGAACCGAGCAACGCAGUCGAAGGUGUUUCAUUUGCCGAGGGAGCGUCUAGGAUCCUCCAGUGCCACAAAGCCAUUCUCGCUGAACUGCGAGCUCAGAUUUCAAAGAUGAAGGACGUCCGUGGUGGCUCGGGCUGGAGUAUUGUGCACCGGACGGACGCGAUGGUUAAGCGGAAGACUGCUCGUAUGCUCAAGGACAUCGAUGACUGUCUUGCACUGAGAGAUGCUGGCGAGAGGGAAAAGGACCGUGUGGAGCGAUUGGAGACAGAAGGUUUUCCAGCCUGGCAAUCUGUUAUCUCUGGGUCUCGCCAGAGCACCAAAGACAGUGGCGCGGCCAAGGCAACGAUAUCCAAAAGAAGAAGAGCUAGAGGGAAAAGCUCGAUCCCAAGUAAGUGUUGA